ACACAACACAGCCAAGCAGCUCCAUCAGAUUCUGCCAAGAGCCAGAUUGUUUCCACAGAGGUCUUGCGCCACACACAGCCUUGGCCCUCCCAGAACUCCCCGAACCUACCUCAAAAUCCCCCGACCUCCAGCGUUAGCCAUACCUUUUCUGCGAUCGCGAAGCUCUCUUUGUCUUCUCUCUCGACACCUCUAGUCUGACAAAACCAAUACCAGUACCACCCUCCGACCUACCUUCAUUCCCUGAAACGAAGAAAUGGCUGCCACCGCUCUCGACCACCUCUCCCUCGGAGGUAGGAUUGACUGGCUUGCCCAGCUCGACACUGCCUAUCAGCCUACCAAGAACCUCCGCCGAACCUCCAUUAUCUGCACAAUUGGCCCCAAGACCAACUCUGUCGAGGCCAUGAACAAGCUCCGCAAUGCCGGCCUGAACGUCGUCCGCAUGAACUUCUCCCACGGCGAGUACUCAUACCACCAGUCCGUUAUCGACAAUGCCCGCGCCGCCGAGAAGGCCCAGGCUGGCCGUCAGGUUGCCAUUGCCCUGGACACCAAGGGUCCCGAAAUCCGCACUGGAAACACCACGGGCGAUGUCGACCUCCCCCUUUCGGCCGGUACCGAGCUGAACAUCACCACCGACGAGAAGUACAAGACUGCUUGUGAUACUGAGAACAUGUACGUCGACUACAAGAACAUCACCAAGGUGAUCGAGAAGGGCCGCAUCAUCUACGUCGACGACGGUAUCCUGGCCUUUGAGGUCCUGAACGUCGUUGAUGACAAGACGAUCCGCGUCCGCGCCAAGAACAAUGGUUUCAUCUCGUCGAGAAAGGGUGUCAACCUGCCCAACACCGACGUCGACCUUCCCGCCCUGUCCGAGAAGGAUAAGAAGGACCUGAGGUUUGGCGUCAAGAACAACGUGGACAUGGUCUUCGCUUCCUUCAUCCGCCGCGGUGAGGACAUCAAGGCCAUUCGUGAGGUCCUCGGCGAGGACGGCAAGCAUAUCCAGAUCAUUGCCAAGAUCGAGAACCGGCAAGGUCUGAACAACUUCCCCGAGAUCCUGAAGGAGACCGACGGUGUCAUGGUGGCCCGUGGUGACCUGGGUAUCGAGAUCCCUGCCGCCGAGGUGUUCGCUGCCCAGAAGAAGAUGAUCGCCAUGUGCAACAUGGCUGGCAAGCCCGUCAUCUGCGCCACCCAGAUGCUCGAGAGCAUGAUCAAGAACCCCAGGCCCACCCGUGCCGAGAUUAGCGACGUCGGCAACGCCGUCACUGACGGCGCAGACUGUGUCAUGUUGUCUGGCGAGACCGCCAAGGGCUCCUACCCCAACGAGGCCGUCCACGAGAUGAGCGAGGCCUGCCUGAAGGCCGAGAACACCAUCCCUUACGUCUCCCACUUCGAGGAGCUCUGCACACUUAUCCAGCGGCCCAUCAGCGUGGUCGAGUCGUGUGCCAUGUCGGCCGUCCGCGCAUCCCUUGACCUGAACGCCGGCGGCAUCAUCGUGCUCUCCACCUCUGGCGACUCGGCCCGCUUGCUGUCCAAGUACCGCCCCGUGUGCCCCAUCUUCAUGGUGACCCGAAAUGCCUCAGCCUCGCGAUAUGGUCACCUUUAUCGUGGAGUGUAUCCCUUCCACUUCCCCGAGGACAAGCCCGACUUCUCCAAGGUGAACUGGCAGGAGGACGUGGACCGGCGGAUCAAGUGGGGUGUCUCCAAGGCGCUGGAGCUCAACGUCCUGUCCAAGAAUGACACCGUCGUGGUCGUCCAGGGCUGGAAGGGCGGCAUGGGCAACACCAACACGCUGCGCAUUGUCAAGGCCGACACCGAGCACCUGGGUAUCGGUUCGCUGGACAACUAAGCCCAAGCCCUUGUACGUGUGUGCUGUAGACGACCAAGGAUAGGUAAAAAGAGAGCGAAAUAUGCGUAUGGCUGCAUUUCUAAGGAAAAGAAGUUUGAUCUCCGUGUUUCCUCAUGGAACAUCUUUGUCAACCCCCGACAGGUAGAACUUGUAGAUUUCAAUCAGCAUCAAUCUUGACAAAGUCA